AUGAUUAAGCUACUUUCAGAGCCAGCUUUGCGCAAUCCAGCCAAUAUCUCCUUAAACUCUCCGAGCACAUACUCGUCCAGCUCAUCAUCCAACCUUGGACCAAGUCAGAAUGGCGGCAUCAUCAAAACAGCAACAGGCGAGCGUCAAAGGAAAUAUCCUGCACUAAUUCUAACUGAAGAGGAAAAGCGAUUGUGCAAGAAGGAGUCGAUUCUUCUACCUGAGUUCUAUCCGCUCACAAAGGCAGAAGAGCGCGAUCUAAAGAGAAUUCGGCGAAAGAUUCGCAACAAAAGGAGCGCCCAGACGAGCAGAAAACGCAAACAGGUACUGAGUGGCAACUGGGAAUCAUAA